CCCUUUUCCCCAGGCGUCGUCCCCCAGAGCGCUCCGCCCGUCCCCACCGCCUCUUCCCGCUUCCACUUCCCCCCUCUGGAUCCUCACUCGCCCACCGACGACUCCCAGCCCCGCUUCCCUCCGGGAUCCCUGCUCCAGCCUCACCCCGAAUCCCUGGGAGACGCCGACAGGAAGCCGGAAUCCUCGGAAUUGGAGGAAAACCCUUCGGAUUGGCGCCGGGAUCUGCUGCCUCCGUCUCACUCCUCCUCCUCCAGCGCCGCCGCCGCUCCCAAACGCAAACCCGACGUGGUUCUCCCGCUCUUUUCCAGGCCGGGGAUUUUCCCGGAUCACCCUCACAGCCCUUUCGCCGUCUCGCCGCUGCCGGGGCGUCCCGGCGUGCUCAACGUUCCCAUUUCUCCGGCGUUAUCCCUGACUCCGACGCUCUUUUCCUACAGCCCCUCGCCGGGGCUCAGCCCGUUCGCCGCCGGCAGCAGCUGCUUUUCCUUCAAUCCCGAGGAAAUGAAGCAUUACCUGCAUUCCCAAGCCUGCUCCGUGUUUAAUUAUCACCUGAGCCCUCGGACUUUCCCGCGUUACCCCUUGGUGGUGCCGCCCUUGCAGUGCCCGGUGCCGCUGGAGGAGCAGCCGCAAUUCCCCAUCAAGCUCCAACCUCCUCCCGCCGGCCGCAAGAACCGGGAAAGGCUGGAAAGCCCCGGGGCGGCUCCGCUCAACCCCAGGGUGAAGGUGGAGCUGGAGGAGAAAGAGGAAAAAGGGGAAAAACGGGAGGAGGAGGAGGAGGAGGAGGAGGAGGAGGAAGGGAAGACGGUUUUCGCUCGCCCGGCGGCUCCGGCGUGGAUGCCGCCGCAUCCCGGUUUUUCCGGGGACGACAACACCGAGAAAACAUCCCGGGAUUCUUCGGGCGAUGCCGGGAACCCGGAGAAGAGGGAGGACGCCCUGAUGCCGCCCAAGCUGAGGCUGAAACGCCGCUGGAACGGAGAUUCCCGGCAGGAAAUUCCCGAGGAUUCCCGGCAAAACGGGAUCUGGCACCUCCCCAAAGCCGUGGCCGCCGCUUCCGACACCUAAUCCCGGGAAUAAAACACAAACCAAAACAAAACACAACACACACAC